UGAACGGGUUCGCUCAAAAGUUCAGAACACUUGGUUCAGCGAUCCGCAACUCCCGAGUCUUUGGAAAGCGGGUGUAAGCUGCGCUGCAGGUCGUGCUCUUUGGAAACCUUUCCUUCUCCUUGUUUUCUGUCUCCGCUGGUUGUCCGGUUCUCGGCGUUAGGUCCGACGGCGCUGAGCUGACGUGUGGAUUCGGCAUCGUGCUCAGUAGACUAGCAUCUUGAACAUUUCUUCUUGCUGCUCUGAGUAUCAAGACUCUGAACUGUACUAUUCAACACCAUGGCUACAGUCAAACUCGCUACCCUCGUUAUUCGAACAGUUGCGAAGCCCAUCUCUGCACAACUGAAGAACCAAGCAAAGCAGCACGAAACCUUCCGUUCUAUAUGUAUUUCCCUUGCCCAGGGUAUGCAUACGGCUGAAAUUAAACUGAGGACAAAUAUUCUCGGCGAACCGGCCAGACAACAUGUGAAGCCAUUAUCAGAAACGAGAGCAAUUGAAAACGGUGCCAACACAUUAGCGGAAGGCUUCUUAUUUUCAGUGGCCGCAUUAUUAAUAAUAGGCGAAACAUGGCGAUCAUCUCGAAAUCAGUCCAAACAGCGAGAUGAUGUCAACGAACGAAUCGAGGAGCUCUCUACGAAUGUCGCGUCCCUCACAGAGCGUCUGGAGAGAAUCCAGGAAAGCUUGGGCGAUCUCGAAGGAGAACGUGCACGGAAUAAUGAGCUGGCGAGGAUUGUAGAGCGGGUGGUGGAGAUUGGGCUGCGAGGUGGAUGGGCAGAGUUUGAAGAUACACCGUUGAAAGUUCCCAGGGUGGAGCUUGUGCCAACCUCGUCGAGGGUACUGCCUUGACAUCGGUGUAUUUUCUCGGUGGGACUGCCAAUUCUCCUUCAAUCGUAUGCCGAGGAAUAUUUCCCGCGUGGUGUUCGCCACAUUCCUUUGCUAUCUACACCUGAAUAAUAGCUCCUCUCAAAGCGCUCUGACGCAUACAUGCUCAUCACAGUAGAGGAUCGACAACUAGCGGCUCUAGUAUGGUUGGGCCUGCGUGUCACAUUCAGACGUCCACGUGACAACUUUUUGAGGCCCAGUGGUCGAAGCACAGAAAUAGAAUCUAAUGAAUUGAGACGACACUUCUAUACAGUGUAAAGAAUUUCGCAAAGGUCAUAGAUGCAAGCAGAGUUUUGUAAUUUGCAAUGUCAAAUUAAUGCAUAUUGAGUCGCUAACCCUAA